ACCAUUUUAAAUAAAAAUAUGAAUCGUCCAGGAGUUCCUUUAGACCCAUUGCCUUUGGGAGCAGGAACCGGGGGCCCGUUUAGCGGAGAUCGGCUACAAGAGCUUAGCGCACUUCUAGGUCAAGUGGCUUCUAGAAGAGCUCAAUCACAACGGGGUGUAGAGGCAGUGAUCAAGGCACGAGAAAGGGCACUACUUGAGAAGAAGAUUUCGUCGUCGACCAAGUCCAAGUUGAAGGGAUGCUAUCGGGGUGCCAUCGAAGACUGUGAGCAGGAGGAGAACUCUCUGCGAAAAUCGUUGUCGCUAAUUCAGGAUAUUCAAACAGCCUCAUGGGCAAAAAGAAGUACACAGCGCGCUGAUCGCCCUCAGGGUGCAUUACGUCGAGGGGCUCAAAUGCAAUUGUUACGCAUGUGGGCCAUGCAAUUGCCUUUGUGGGUGCCGUCGAAUAGCGAAAAACCGCCUCCCCUCUGCGGCGCCAUUCCCGCUGAACCAAAUUACGUAGCUAAGGUCGAGGACAUGGUGGCUGCCUUGGUGAAAAACACUGACUCCGGUGAAGGCACCGAAGAGGACGAAAACUGGAUUCUUGCCAAGGUGUCUCAUUAUAAUCCAACGUCAUGCAAAUAUGAAGUAGACGAUAUAGAUGUAGAAGGACGGGAAAGGCAUCUGGUAUCACGCAGGAGGGUCAUUCCACUGCCGCUGCUACGGGCCAACCCUAUAACGCAUCCUGAGGCAAUAUUUCCGAAAGGAACGCUUGUAAAUGCUCUCUAUCCACAAACUACGUGUUUCUACAGGGCUUUGGUGGAUGAAAUUCCUCUGGGUCCACAAGAGGAGUACAGCGUUUUGUUUGAAGACACCAAUUAUCCAGAAGGUUACUCACCAGCUAUGCACGUGGCCCAGAGAUACGUGAUAUGCUGUAAGGAUCAACGGAAGAAAUGAUCCAGUGAAUUUGCACAUCUUCACCAUCACUUGUAAAGAAAUGCAUUUCUUUUAGCUGAAGAUGUGUAAGUCUUAGAUAUUCUCACAGUGUGAGGUCCGGGAACGAAUGUUUCGAUUAUGCUUAUGCGUACUCUAUGUAUGCACAUGCAAAACAUCUUUACUGCGUGCUUGAAACUUGCUACAAUAAGAUAUAAGUUCUCCCAGAGAAGCAUGCAUUACAAAAUAGUUAGCAGAUUUUUGUAAAUAUACAAAUACAUGUACAACCAUACACAGCAAAACAACCAGCAUUGAUGGAUUCUGUGAUUGUUUUGGGGUCACCAGGUACAGAACACCUAUGGCAAUGUAGGAGGGCAUAAUGCAUAAUGCGCAGAAUAGUAGGCUCUUCUCCUAUCCAGUAUGAAUGAAUACUCUUUUAGAAGGCAGUCCAAAAAUGUGUAUCUUCAACAUCCAUUACAUUUAUAUAUAGUUAUAGUUUUGUAUUUAUUUUUAAUCAGAGAAUUAUCUGGAGAUACCAGGAAAAUGUUAACAUUAAUUGAUUAAUAUGAUCGGAGUCGGCCAAAUAAUAUGUCAUCUUUUUCCUCAUGUCAAGACAAAUGCAAUUCUUGUAAUUAAAACUUAGGAUAUUCGGUCAUGUAUCACGAAAAUCCAGCUUUGAAUGUUUGUUUUGAUCCGAGCUCGGUUCAUUCUUUUUGGUGAUUGCUUUAUAAUUCAGUUAGGCAAAGAACGUAUUUGUACGUUACUUAGUGUGUUAAAUAAGGGCCUCCUUAAACAUAUUUUGGCAGCCCUACAAAACCUAAUUUGCUAUGUCCUACAAGUUAAAAGGUGUUAAUUGAAGGUUGAGCAGACUGUUUUUCUGAGAAGCCUCGUAGUUAUUGUACUGUAUAUUUUUCUUUAAGGAAAAAAUUUUUAAAAAAGAAAUGGUUUUGGUGCCAAUCGACGUUUUGUAGAGCAGAUGGCUUUAUCAAGCCAUCUGCUCAAUUAGCCGUGAUUAUAUAUCUAUAUAUAGCAUGUGAUACUACGCAGGUGUCCAUAAUACUUGAGAAAAGUUUAAAAAUCUCUGAUAUUUCUAUGCAUCUGAUGGCCAAGGUGCUGGAGUCCAGAGCUUGAAUGUUGAUUACAAAAAAUGAGAAUAAACUGUUAUAGUCAUUAAGUUAGUUGGAAAGUCGCAGGACCAUCAUUUUGGUAGUCUAAUGACAUCAUCGAAGCAGAAGACAGCUUUUGCCCACAAGAAGAUAUUCUAUGAUAGUUAUUAUAAUAAUUAUCAUUGUUUUUAUUGCUAUUAUUAAUUGAUAAUAACGUUAAUAUCAUUUGAGGCCUAUAUAUACCAUGCUCGGUUUAUCACCGUUGUUUACCAAAAGUUAACGCUUGCCAGUAGCGUUUGUGUAGAUAUUGUUGACUUCUUCGUCUAACAUUGAAUUAUAGAGGUACCGUCUGAAAAUGGGCGCUAAAAAUACACGCCUAUAGAAAAGGAAGUGAAUAGUAAUAUAAGGAUACAAAAUAUAAAUUAUUAAAGAUGAAUAUAUAAUGCGUAUAGGUAUAUACGCAUGUGUGUAUGUGAGUAAAACUGGAUGAAUACGAGAUAUGGCCAAAUAAUGUACAUAAUGAGAUCAGAAAAGUGAAUAGAGGAGCCUGUUAAUUGUCUGCUAAAACUAUGUCACCAUAAUAAGAUCAAUAUGAUACAGUUGAACCCAACAACACGAACGAUAACAACAACAGCACACAAAAACAACAGAAAAUCCGUUGUUGUUACCGUCUACAUUAGUUUUUCUGAUAAUUGGAACUCAGUAAGUUAGCAACAUCAUAGUACUUACAAUGUAUAAAACAGUCAUAUUUAUUUAAAGUGUAUUGAUCUGUAUGAAACGAAAGCAUAGGAUAUUGUU